AUGAGCUCCUCAUCGACCCAAGCUAACGAUGCGAGCGUUCCGCAGGUGGCACAGGACGCGGUUCUUGUGCGCUCCGAGAAUCUGGAGGGCAAGAGUGCUCAUGUGCGCGGCUACGACUUCAACGAAGGCGUCAACUACGAGAAACUCAUGCAGUCGUACGUGACGAUGGGCUACCAGGGCACAAACCUGGGCGAGGCCAUCGAGGAGAUCAAGCGCAUGCGUAAGUGGCGACUGAGUGACGAUCCCGUGUCCCCAGAAGAGCAUGACGAGGAGCGCAAGGACACAGAGUUCCGUAAGACUGUGAAGACCAAGGUCUUUCUGGGCUACACGUCCAACCUCAUCUCUAGUGGCCUGCGCGAGACACUGCGCUUCCUAGCGCAACAUAAGAUGGUGGAUGUGAUCGUGUCAUCGGCUGGUGGUAUCGAGGAGGAUUUCAUCAAGUGUCUGGCUCCUACAUACAUCGGAGACUUCUCCUUAAAGGGCGAAAGUUUGCGUCGUCGUGGCAUUAACCGCAUUGGCAACUUGCUGGUGCCUAACGACAACUACUGCAAGUUUGAGGACUGGAUGGACCCCAUUCUGGACAAGAUGUUGGAGGAGCAGAAGACGCAGGGCACAGUCUGGUCCCCGUCUACGAUGAUUCAUCGAUUGGGUAAGGAGAUUAACAACGAGGACUCGGUCUACUACUGGUGCUACAGGAACAACAUCCCCGUCUUCUGUCCGUCGCUGACGGAUGGAUCGAUUGGCGACAUGAUUUACUUCCACUCGUACCGUAACGAGGGGCUUGUGGUCGAUAUUGCCAGCGAUAUUCGUCGUAUGAACGACCACACCAUCCGUGCUCCUGGCAAGACAGGCGUCAUUAUUCUCGGCGGCGGCAUGGUCAAGCACCACAUUCUGAACGCUAACCUCAUGCGCAAUGGCGCCGACUACGCCGUGUUCGUCAACACUGGCCAGGAGUUCGACGGUAGCGACGCCGGUGCCAGGCCCGACGAGGCCGUGUCGUGGGGUAAACUGCGUCUGGGCUCCAAGCCAGUCAAACUUUACGCUGACGCUACACUGGUGUUCCCUCUAAUCGUGGCGGAGACUUUUGCUAAGGAUUUCCACAACGAGAAGCCAGAGGAGGCUGCCAAGAGCUCAUAA